AUGGCCGAGUCACAGAACAAGAAGGUCAAGCGCCAGGAGAAGGCGGCCCCCGUGGUAGAUACCGAAGACGCAGAGGAGGCACCCACGACGCUCAUGGCGGCCGACCUGGUCGAGGAGGGGGACGAUGACACACUCAACGUCAGCUUUAACGCCUUCCAGCCCAUUGGUGAUGACUUUUGGGGCAUCAAAACGCUGUUGCAGCAGAUGAUGCCACGGGCAGAUGCAGACCUCGGAGAGUUGGCGCGGACCAUCAUCGACAAAGCCGAGCAGUCUACUGUCAUCAAAGUCGAACAAGAUCCCACCUCGGGCAUCGUGGCCAGCGAUAAGGCGGCCCAGGCCGCAGCUCAAGAAGCUGCGAGCGAUGCGGUAGACGGCGCCACAGAUGAGGAUCCAGACGGUGCCUAUGACGUGUACGCGGUCAUGAGCCCCCUGCGUAUGGGUGACAUCAAGGUGGCGCUGCAUCGGGCGGCCUUUGAAGUGUCUGUUGUGCAGGAUAGCGAAGGCAGCUACCCAUAUCGAGCCUUUCGUCAGUGCCUGGUACUUGAUUAUGAGACCUUUGCCAAGACGGCGCGACAAUUGGGUGAGAUGUACACCACCGUGUACGAGGAUGUUGAGGACGGCGAAGAUGACGAGUAA